AUGCCUGCCAUACACUCAAACCUGCCCCGAUCUGACGUCGCCGUCGCCUCUGACUCGGGUUCUGAUGAUGGUCCUGUAACCCCGGCACCGAGCCGCGAGGGCACCGCUACCCCGUGCCUUAUCAGACUCGUCGUCGUUUACCAGUCACGCUAUCUCCGGCUGACUGUGGACGACUCAGCCAGCCUGCGCUGGCUGAUCCACAGGGCACUCGACGUGUUCGAGAUCGAAGGCGAGGCCGUGCGCUUCAGCUUCGAAGGCCAACUGCUCCGCGGAGACACUAACGAAACGCCCCUGUCGCUCGACAUGGAAGACGAUGAUCAGAUCGACAUUCUGCCGCAGCAGUUUGGUGGUGGAGUCAUGCGGGGACAUUGA